AAAAAUGUCGAGUAAUGAUGUUCAAACACUUGCGAAUUCUAUAAUAGGAACUUCAAUAUUGGCAAUGCCAUAUUGCUUUGCAAAAUGUGGAGUUAUUUUAUCAAUUCUAUUACUUAUAUUAAGUACAAUUAUAACCAGGAAAUGUUGUCAUUAUUUAAUCAAAGCCAGUAUCGUAACGAGAAGGAAAAAUAUGGAGUUACUAGGUUUCUAUAUAUUUGGCAAUAGUGGAAAGACACUCGUCGAGAUAUCAAUUAUAGGAUUUUUAAUGGGUACUUGCAUAGCGUUUUUUGUCGUUAUCGGUGAUCUCUGUCCACUAUUAAUCCAAAAACUGUUUAAUUUGCAAAACUACAAUCACUAUGCACUUCGCAACUGGCUGAUAAUUGCAAUAACAAUACUGUUCAUCAUCCCAUUAUCAUUUCUUAAAAAUAUUCAGUCACUGUCGUUCGUGUGCAAGGCAUCAAUUGGAUUUUACAUAAUUCUUACAUUUAAAACAAUCUUGGAGUCAUUUUCAAGGUUUAAGAACGACGAGAAUUGGUCAUCAAACAUCGAAUUAUGGAAUACAGAAAAUAUCCUUCAAUGUCUACCAAUUUUCUCAAUGGCUAUGUCCUGUCAAAUGCAAUUAUUUGAAGUCUAUGAAAACAUAACGAGUUUCGAUAGGAUUCGACAAAAUAUCUUUCAUGCCACAUCUAUUUGCUUAGUUGUGUACACAGUCAUAGGGUUUUUCGGAUAUGUGGCAUUUUAUAAUCAAACAUUGUCGGGCAAUGUCUUACUGAACUUUACACCGUCAUUUUCAACUGACAUUAUUACACUUGGAUUUAUUAUGUCCUUAGCAUGUAGCUUUCCAUUAGUUAUAUUCCCAUGUAGGACAUCUUUAGCAUCAUUAAUCUAUAGAAAAGUGCAUCAUUCAGAUAUUUCACCAUAUGUUCCAGAAUCAAAGUAUAAGCCAUUGACAAUAUUCAUCAUUAUAUCGACGAUGUUUGUUGGCAUUUUAAUUCCAUCUGUCGAAGUUGUGAUUGGAUUUGUUGGAUCGACUAUUGGAGUUCUUAUUUGUAUGAUAUUUCCAGCUAUAUGCUUUGUUAAAAUCAUGCAAAGGCAUUCGAGUGAAAAAGUUAUUGCACAAGCUAUUAUAGUCGUUGGAUUUGUAAUUAUGAUCCUUGGAACCUACUCUAAUUUAAGUGCAUUAGAUACGGCAAAAUCUGGAAGUCAUAUUGAAGUUAAAGUUCCUGUUUUAAAUAUCCCAAAUGAACCAGUUCCACUUUUACAUCCAAAAGACGUUCAAAGGUUCCAAAAUGAUCAACCUGUACUUGCUAAAGAAGUUCCAAUUAUUCCAUUAGCUCCAAUCAAAAAUAUUAGUGAAGAAACGAUCCAAAAACCAGCAAUAAUUCCUGAAAUUAAGAAGGCUGAUGAGGAAGUAAAAAUUUCUGAGGAUGGUAUUAGAAAGGAGGAACAAGAAAUAGCUGCUGAUAUCGAAAAGGCUCCACUUGAACCACUCAAAAAUCCCGAACAGGAAAUAAAAGAGAAAGAUAAUGAAAUCAAGGAACUAAAGGCAUCAAAAGACAAAUUAGAAAAGGAAGUGCAUGAAAUGAAGGAAGAACUUGUCAAACAGAAUCAAGAGACACAACAACUUGUGCUUAAAAAGUUUGAUGAAAUCGCUGAGAAAGUUGAAAAAAUUGAGAAACAAUCGAAUGACGGCAAGGAAGAUGCUAAGAAACCAGUUCCUAUUGAAACACGUGAUAAUAUCGAGGAAGAACAUGAGCAUGAUAUUAAACAUGAAAAUCUAGUAAUCAUACAAAAUGAACCAAUUCAACAGCAACAAGCAGAAUUAAAAUCUGAAAACUUGAAAAAAGAAUCGAGUAAUGCUGAAGAGCUGCAUGCAAAAGACUUGAAUGUAGCAAAAGAGACUGACAAAAUUAACGACACUCCACUAGAAAAGAUCCAUAAACCUAUAGAUCCGAUUGUUAAGUUGAUUAAGGACCAAGAGCCACUUUCUUAUCGAGUUGGUGAGAAAAUGAUGGAAGAGAAAAAGCACAAUUUAAGCAUAUCAGUUGAAAAAGAUGGCAAUAAGCAUAUUGAGAAUGUAGAGCUCAGCAAACUUCAAGAUGAAAAGCAACUCGAUGAUAUGAAACCAUUAGAACCUGAAAAGCAUGAUGUGGAAGUAUCAGAAAAGGACAAAAGUUCUCAUGAAAAUCGCGAUGAAAUCCAUGAAGACCUUAAAAAUGAAAUGAGAAAGAAACGAGACACAGAUGGUCUUAAUGAGCUUUUAAAGUUGAAUCCAAUUGACUUACAAUUUAAAUCUAUAAUUAGUCGUGAUUUGAAAGCUGUAAAGGAUGAAGCAAGAUGAGAAAAAGGCUUAAGUUCCAGUUUAAUUGUCUGCAUAUUUAUUUAAUUGUGAUAGUUGAGAAUAUUUUGAAUAAAAAUUGAAAAAUUUGUGACCAGAAAAAGAAGCUCUAGUAUCGUCGUCUAUCCCGUUCGUAGCUUCUAUCACGUUUAUGGUACCGAUCAUCAUAAUUUCUGGAUCUUUCAUUUGAACGGGAUCUUGAGCGACGUCUGUCACGAUUUGGUGAUCUUUUCCUGUCUCGUCGUUCCUCUUUGUACUUUUUGCGUAAUGGUGACUCAUUUCUUUUACGAUCCUUUGAUUUUUUGUAUUUUUCACGGGAUGUUGAUCUUGAACGACUCCUUCUGCGAUGAUCUGAUGAUGAUGUAUGCUUACUGCUUGUAUGUUUUGGUGGCUCACUGACUUUCUCAUUUUCUUCAUCGUCAGUCAUCAUUUCUUGGUCUAAAUCGUCAUCUAGUAAAGAAACUUUUGGAUCCAGUUCACCACUUUCUUCUAAAACACAUCUCUUUUGGAUUCUCGGUAGAAUAACAUCGCAAACACGUUCCUCUCUUAAUAAUUCAUCAAUAAACUCGUCCAUAUGAACAAUUUCGUAAUGUCCCAUUCGAUUUUGUCUUCUUAACUUCCGAUAAUCAUUGUAAAGUGGCUCAAGAUAUUUGUAGCAAUCAACAGCUGAUGCUGUAAGUCUUAAAUAGAAUGCUCCUAAUGCACGGACAUACUUAAACUCCUCAUUCUUGAUGAAUUCAAUUACAAUAUCUUUUUCUGGCUGGAUCUGUAAAAACUUUAAAACCAGGCAAAUAAAUGGCGUCGGCUUAAUAUUUCCUCCAAAAACACCGCCCAAAAAUCGUAAUUCCAUCGCUUUAUCAACCAUAAGUUCCGCUGUAAGUGCAAAACAGCUUUCUUUCCAAUAUUGUGAAUCAUAAAUUCUUGAUCUGAUGAUUUUCUCAAUGAGAUACUGUGGAUUGGUUCCAUGGAUGUUUUUGGCAUCCUUUAAUGUUCUGUUUGCCAUGCUACAAUAGUUUUAUCUGCUGUGUUUCACCACUUAAUUAAAGUUUUAAUUUUUAAACGUUUUACAGCAAAAAUAUGUAAACAAACUAGUCAAGAAGUCAC